AUGGCAGAUUCUGAGAGGGUACAAUUAGUAAUUGAUGAAUGCGAAUGGCAGAAUCCAAGCAACCUACUCUUUCAAGAUAGAUUAGGAAAGAUGGGAAGGGAAGGAGGGAAAGGGAAAAGGGAAGAGGAGGAGGGGGACGUAUUUGUUGGUGGGGGGUAUGAUGUCUGUGGUGGGGCAACCGCCGCUGCAGUCCGGGCGCUCUUGGAUGCUCGCGGCGAUGCGCAGCUAGAAUAA